CUGAAUCUGAACUUUUCGCUGUGUUUAUCUCUGUCUUGUAUUGGCAACAGAGUCCUUUUGGAAAGUUGAAUGUCGGAGUGGUUAGAAGACGCGAAGAUAUGUGAAGGAUUCCUCACCAAUAACAAGUAUAUCGGAAUACUUACUUGAUCAGCAAAAUUGUUUGGCCAGUGUCAACGUGGCUGUCCUUACUUAGACCUAAAUUCCCACGUACACACACUGUAUAAACUAUCACAAAGAUCAUCACUCUGGUCACACCUUCCACCUUGCCAUGAACAGGAGUGUGAUGGCUCCACCAGCAGGUGGUAAACAUUUUGUCAUUCCAACUUCCCUGUUGGAUGAUAUUAUAAGCCGGUUUAUAUACGAUGCCCCAGAGUCAGAGGUAAAGAAGCCCAUCUCACUGUGCUUUCUGAUGGAAAUGGCUUAUUGGUUUUACCUGGAUGAAUAUGUUGAAGAAGAUGACUCCCUUAACAACAUCAAGUUUGAUCUCUUUGCUCAACAGUUACUCAGUCGUGCUGGGAUCAAACCUGAGUCGGGCAGUGUGGAGGACAUGUUACAGGGCUUCAGAGAUUUCAAACAUCGUGUGCCAACAUACGGUGGCCUUCUUUUAAACCAGGACCUAAGUCAUGUUCUCUUAGUUCAGGGUUUCUGGCAUCGAGUUUCUUGGGGAUUUCCAAAAGGAAAAAUAAAUGUGGAUGAAGAACCACAUUGCUGUGCCAUUAGGGAGGUUCUAGAAGAAACUGGAUAUGACAUAUCACACCUCAUUGACGAAAAUGUCUUCCUGGAGACAUCCAUUGGCGAGCAGUUUGUGAGACUUUACAUCAUCCCAGGUGUACCAAUGGAAACUGAGUUUGUACCACGCACAAAGGGAGAAAUCAAGCAACUGAAAUGGUUCCCAAUUCACCAAUUGCCAGUACACAAAUAUGAUAGAAAUUUUAAUAAACUCAACGGGUCUACCAAUACGUUUUAUAUGGUCAUGCCUUUUGUCAAACCCUUAAGAGAAUGGCUUGCAAAUCGAACUCGAGCAUCCAACGGGAAUGGGAAUGGCCGAGAGGGCCGGCGACGCCACCGCAGCUCAACUACCAGUACCUCUGAUCGCCAGAAUUACAACCAGCUCCACCACAGUCAUUCCCCAGCUGCUACUCAAGAUGCAAUCAGGAAAGCAACACCUGAUACGUCUAAAAAGCAACAAAAUUCCGCAUUUUCCUCCCUGAUACAGGAAGAAAUUGAAGGUUAUGAACGUCUUAAAGCAGACAGUUCACCUCGGAGGAAAGAGAUGGGUGCCAAACCAAAAACAAGGAAAUCUCUGUUUGAUGAAAAUCAGGAGGAAACCCCAAAAUUCACAUUCAGAAGCAGAGGGAAGGGCCGGAACAAAGGUGGUCAAACUGACAGCAUGGGGGGAGAAGCAGUAUCCAAGGGCUUCCGAUCUUAUUCUUGGCAGAUAUUCCAAAUUAACAAGAAGGAGGUCUUUGAAGCAGUGGACAGAGUGUGGGCAGAUGUGAUGUUGUCUUGGUAAUAAAGGGAGAAAAGCAGACCCUUAUUUGCUCAUAAGGUCAGGCACACUUAGAAGCAUUCCCCUCUGGAAAUAACGUGCACAAUUUUUUCCCAACUUUCUUUUUGUGUAUUUCCUUGUAGUGCUUAUUAUCAUUUUUAUUUUAGGAAUUGGUGUUGUUACAUCUUUUCAUAUUAUUUUGUAAUGACAAGUGAUGUCACUUUUUUUUUUCAAAUCACAUAUUAUUUUCUCAUCUCAUCGUUUCACGUUGUCUAUCUAUCACUUAUUUUUUUACACUCCAUUCUGAGGAAUUCCACAGAAGUUUUGAUUUCUUUUGAGGUAUUUUUUCCCUUUAUUUUAUCAAAAUCAAAAUAUUAUACUGUAAUAUUAUUUAGUGUUUUUUGUAAAAAAUGCUCAUGUAGAUACAAAUGUAUUAACAAAGCUUUAAUUAUGACUGGUUUGAGAGGUCCCCUAAAUUAGAGUUUUAAUGGUUAAUUAGCAUGAAUGUUAGGAUCUUCCCAAGUAAUAACAGUGAGUCCAAACUGUCUCAAAAUAUGUUGUUACUAUUUUUAUUUGGAUUUUAGUACAAAUGAUUAAAGGAAGGAUAUAAACAAAGUAGUUGAAGUUGGAGUAAUGAUUGAAUUUCAGCAUCUUUACUAUGUCCUCUUCAUUUCUGUUUCUGUUUUUUCACAAGUAGGUGAUAUUUUAUUCUCAUGAUCAGAAUUUAUGAAUUAAAUUGUGUUUCUUUAUGUGUAUGUAAAGUCAUAGCAGAAGUAAAUGGUUGUAACUUUUUACAUUGCAGUUUAUUUAGGAGUAUUUUAUAUACAAUUCUAUUUCUUCAUGCUCUACAGUAUGAUCUUGUAACUCAACUUUUAAAUCCUUUUUUUCUAAUGGAAACAACCAUUUCUGAUCUCAUUAAAAUUACCUCACCUC